AUGCGUACUUACGACGAUACCUUCUCCGGCGAGAAGAUCUACCCUGGAAAGGGCAAGCUCUACGUCCGCGGUGACUCCAAGAUCUUCCGUUUCCAGAAUGGAAAGACCGAAUCCCUCUUCCUCCAACGCAAGAACCCCCGCCGAAUUGCCUGGACUGUCCUGUUCCGCAGACAACACAAGAAGGGUAUCUCUGAGGAAGUUGCCAAGAAGCGAUCCCGCCGUACGGUCAAGUCACAACGUGCUAUCGUUGGUGCCUCUCUCGAUGUGAUCAAGGAGCGACGCAGUCAAAGACCAGAAGCCCGUUCCGCCGCCCGUCAAGCCGCUAUCAAGGAGGGCAAGGAGAAGCGAGCUGCUGCCCAGAGCGCAAAGAAGGCUGAGAAGGCGAAGAACGCUGCCGGUGCCGCAAAGGGAAAUGCCAGAGUCACAAGCAAGAUGGGUGCUAAGGGUGCGCCAAAGAAGAUCCAGGCCUCUACUCGUUAA